CAGUGCUCCAGCUCGCGCCUCAUGUGGGCUGUGUCUUCAACACUUCCACUCGUGAUUUCGGUCUCAUUUAUGAGCUCUGUAACAUAUUUUGGUGUUUGCAUGUUCGUGUGUUCCUUUCUUUUGUAUUUAAUUCUCAGUUCAUUUUAUUGUAGCUGAAAACCGCGACAAAGAACGAUCGAUCUGAUCAAUUCUAAUUGAUUUUUAUAUUUUAGUACAGCAGAUUCGUAAGUUACCGUUUUGUUUUGAUUUGUAUGAUACUAUUUUCAGCCCCGCACCUGCGCACGCAGUGACACAAGAGUUUGUGUCGCGUGGGGAAAGUUGCGCGUGAAUCAGAAUGUGAUGAACACGGAGGAUCAUUUAAUAAUAUCAAACUCGUCACAUCAUCAGAUCAAACAUAUCAUCACAAGCCCCGGUGCCGUCGAGCGGGUCGGAUGAUGCUCAGACCAAUUCACCUGAUGAUGAUGGACCACUAUUAACGGAGAAGAUGGACGCGUCUCUCCAGAGGAGUUUGAGCGUUUUGGAUCGUCUUCUCCUCACACACUCCAUAUGGUUGCAGCUGUCAAUCAACCCUGACUCCGCCCACCAAAUCCUGCAACGAGAGAUAGUCGGGACGUUCCUGGUGUGUAAGUGUAGUGCCUCCCACAGGAAGGUUUUGUGUGUGCUGCUGGAGGACGGAGGAGUGUCACAGUAUCCCAUCCGUGAGGAAGACUCCACAUUUUCUCUAGAAAGCUCUGCCCUGAGCUUCCCUGAUCUCUGCAGACUCGUGGCAUUUUACACCGUCAGCAGAGAUGUAUUGCCUUUCCCACUCGAGCUCCCAGAUGCAAUUAUACAGGCCACAACACACACCCAGCUGGAAAACAUUUCGCAUUUGGGUUUAGAGUUCUGGAGCUCUCAGAUGUCUCCUGGGCUUCCUAAUGGCCCCCCUCCAUCUUCAGCGCCCCACCGGACAUUCAGAUUGAUCAGCCCAUGUUUCAUCAACCCCAUGUUCCUUCAGCCUCCCCAGCUCAGUAGAACGGCCUCACACAAACGCCAUCGCUUUAAACGCAGCCUCAGGGUCCGUGUGUCCAAUGAAACCUCUCUCAGCCUGUCGGGGGGAGAAUCGGACCUAACCCAGGGGGACACACAUGGACAGAAUUCCAACCAGGGCGGCCCGAGACGAACAGGAGGGCUGAGCGUGCUCAGGAGGAUCCCGGCACUUACUCCCACUUCUCAAGAGGAGGAUGAACAGAUGUUGGGGCAGAUACCGCCUAGUAAUUCCUUACCCGGACAAGACCACACUGAGCUCAACAGAGACACUGAAGAUGGUGAAGUGUGUCUUGCUUUGGAAAGGGCUCGAGCUCCUUCCCUUGCUGAACUGGACAGCAGUAGUUCCUUCAGCAGUCUGGAGGAGGAGGAAGCCCAGGCGGACCUCGCCAAUUACCAAUGGCCUCCUGCAGCACGUGGUACCCGUUUCCCCUCAGCGAACCCAACCUCGACUCUGCGCCGCAUGACUGCUGCCUUUGUAUGCGUGUUUGCACCAGAGCGGCGAGUUGCCCGAUUGGUGGAUGAACUCUCCCGGGACAAGCGCUCCACAUUUGGGUCGCUGGUGCAGGACUUUAUAGAGAAGCAAAGGCAGGAAAUGGAGACCUCGAAGCAUAAUUCUGCCGUGGAGCUGCUUCAGGGGGUGAGGAGAUUUCUGUCCCAAGCCAAAAUUCUCCUUCUGGAAGCAGGAGAAAUAGAGCCUCCAAUUGAGACGCUGGUGCCUGAGAACGAGAAAGAUCUUGCCUUGGAGAAGGCUCUGUUCGGCUGCGUGUUGAAGCCGUUGAAGAUUCAGCUGCAGCAGACGCUCAUUUCCCUCCACACUCAGGACGGCUCCCUACAGAAGAUCACCGACUGCUUGCUGGCCUACCAAGAGGGGGCGCUGGAGCGCCUGGCUGUAGGAGUGGGCGUCCUGGACGUCCGAGGGAUGGACAGAGCGAAGGCGAAGCUCACGCUGAUGCAGCGCAGCCAUUCGCCCAUUGACAAGGUGCUGCUUCUGCUGCAGGUGUGCAAGAGUGUCUACAAAGCCAUGGGGACGCAACCCGAUCAGGACGUGGGGUCUGAGGACUUCCUACCAGCGCUGUCCUAUGUGCUGGUUCAGUGUAACAUCCCACAACUGCUGCUGGAGACGGAGUACAUGAUGGAGCUGCUUGAGCCAUCAUGGCUGACCGGAGAAGGUGGAUACUAUUUGACGAGUGUGUAUGCCAGCCUAUGUCUGAUCCAGAGCAAUCCUGGGGCCACGCCCACCUGCAGUCUGACCAAUGAGGCACAAGAGUACCUGAGGGAGUGGAGCAGGAGGCGGGGCCAAGAAGCCAAGACCCAGAAAGACAGUCAGCUGAAACAGAGGUUUGUGCGAGUGCUCUUCCAGGACGACUGUCGUAGUGGAGUGCGAACGCUCCUCUGGAAGGCGGGAGAAAACGUCGAGGCUUUAUCCCAAACGUGCGCCGGUCUGUUCGGUGUGAGGGAGCCGCAGCACUACUGUCUGUUCUGGAGGAGUGAAGGGGAAAUGCGUCCUCUGCCGGCCCACGUUCAGCUCCAUCAGCUGGGCACGCACGAGGGAGCGUCGCUGUCCUACCUCCGCUCCGAUCACGACUUCAGCAAGAUGCGCAGACUGACCAGAGGAGGCGCUGUAGAUCUGGGCGAGUCGGUGUGCGAGGAGUGAAGAGGCGCAGGUGCACAGUGGGACUUUUACAUUUCUGUUUGUGGUCACGUCAGGUGGCAAGAGGAUUCACGGAUGUCAUAAACUAUUUGAAUGCUAUAAAUGUGUUCAGUUCUAUGGAUGAUGGUGAUUAUUUUUUAUGUGUGUUGCGUGUAGUCAGAAAGCACGAUAGCAUUUCAAAUGAAUCGAAGCAAGAUACUUGGUAAUAAUGCAAAAAGCAAUAUGUGCCAAACAGGAGGUCUGGAAAUGCUGUUCAGUGGUGACUUUCUGAGGUGUGUAUUGCAGAGUAAUACCAAAGUGUUGAAUAUAAACAAACAAAAAAGAUCAUAUAUGUACACAUCUGACAUGCUCUGAGUAAUGGCACUGUGUCUGCACUGGAUGCAUGUAGCAUUGUUGCAUUAAAUCACUCCUAUAUAAAUCACUGGAGCUGUUUACACUGGAUGUGUCUGACGUGAUGCAUUACAAAGCUGCCGCAGCCACUGUAUUUCUUUCAUUCAUGUGAAAUACAAAAAUGUAUUUACAAAUACUAUGAGUGAGAAUGGAUAGAUAUUAAUGUUAUUUAAUUCUACAUUGGGGUCAAUAAGGCCACGUAAAAAAAAAAAAAGUGAUAUAUUUAUGAUUUUAAUGUGAGAUUUUACCCUUUAAUUCAGAUUUUCUUUUGAAGCUCCAUUGUAGCACAACAUCUCAAAUUGUGUUUAUGAAAAUGCAUUAUCAUCGAUGAAAUGCUGAUUGAUAAAUUUUAAUCAAGAUAUUCAAUCAAAUGAGAAAAAUAGGCAAAUAUUAUCUAUUAAAUAUAUAGUAGUAAAUUUUUCUACCAAUUAUUUUUGUUAAAACAUAUAGUUGUAUACACUUUAUAGUUGUUUUAACUUUUCUGCUCACCAAGGCUGCAUUUAUAAUAUU